GGGUAUAAGUAAAUGGAUCAAUCUUAGCAAAUUAGCAUCUUUCCUUUCGAUUCUCAGCAUCUCCAUUAAUCUCCUCAACUUGCUCUCUCCAUCUAUGGCCUAGCUUUCUUUGUCGUGUUCUCUUUCUCCUCUACCUUACCAUUUCUAUAGGCCUCUGAUUUUUAUUUUCCCUUAUAAAACACAGAAACAGAACCAAAACUAGAAUAUCUUCAGACAGCCGAAUUUUAGAGUUGGGGGACCAAACAAAAAUGAAUCAGUUGUUGGAAUCUCCACUCGAAGCUUUGGCAUUUAACUAUGUGAGUUUUGGGAUUUUCACGGUUAUUCAUAAUCUGUGGACGUGGAUUGCUAUUCUCACUGCUGCGGUUAGUUUUUGGAGGAUAAGAGCCGUCGUCGGCGCCUCCGUUCAAAGUAAUGACCAGAAGCCGUCGGCGUCUAUUUCUGAUCGUGCCCAUGAUGAGUCUCGACCGAUUCUCGGCGCCGAUGAAAAGCCGACCCCUUCAGCUUCAGUUUCAACUCCCCCUCCAGCUUCCGUCUCAGAAACAAGCGGUUCGCAGUUGGUGACCAAAGGAGGGAAAUUCAAGUUGACUGUUUAUUACGUGGAUGAUGACGUAGACGUCGACGGUGGGAUGACGGUAACGGAAUGGAGUGACGGUGGUGAAGGGAGGUGCUGCGGGGAGUGGUGGGAGAGUUGGGAAAGAGUGUUGAGGUUGAGGAAAGGGGAAGCAGGGUGGUACCGUUAUCAGGAUUUGACGGCGUUAAACGGCAAUGUUGUUAGGUUAUGGGAUGAAUCAUGCAGGAGGUGGUGAAGAAGGUAAAGCUGAAGCUGUGCUGUAAUGGUGGUUGGUGGCGGUGGCAUUUUAGGAAUUUAAUGUAGAUGGUAUAAUGUUUUUUAUUUUUUUCCUUUUAAUGAUUUGUGUUAAUGACUUUGGGUUUAAGGUUGGGGAAACUUGUAAAUAUAUUUGUCGGAUAUAACAACCUUUAGAAAAUCCAAAAGCAAAUGCUUCUGAGGUUACAAUAA